UCAAAAAGACCUACCCGUUCUCGUACGCAUAAACUGGGUUCGAGCUCGUUCAACACAGCCUGAAUGUUAUUUGGUGGGCAAUCCCAAGCGACAGUGAUUAGCACAGCGAAAUCAGAGAAAAUGCAUUACUGGGUUCGAGCUUCUUCCUCUGAUUUUGUUGGAACUCUACCCCAACCUCGCAGUGGUCACACGGCGGUCAUUGUGGGUAGAUCAAAGGUGGUUGUGUUCGGAGGCCUUGUAGAAAAGAGGUUUCUCAGCGAUAUCGUGGUCUAUGACAUUGAUAACAAAUUAUGGUAUCAGCCAGAGUGCACUGGUGGCUCCGAUGGAGAAGUUGGUCCAGGCCCACGAGCAUUUCACGUUGCUGUUGUGAUUGAUUGUCAUAUGUUCAUCUUUGGUGGGCGUUCUGGAGGCAAGAGGUUAGGUGACUUUUGGGUCCUAGAUACUGAUAUAUGGCAAUGGACAGAGUUGACAAGUUUUGGUGACUUACCUUCUGCACGAGAUUUUGCUGCAGCUUCAGCUAUUGGAAAUCGGAAAAUUGUUAUCUAUGGUGGCUGGGAUGGUAAAAGGUGGUUGUCAGAUGUGUAUCUCUUGGACACAAUAUCACUAGAGUGGAUGGAGCUGUCAGUUACUGGGUCAUUGCCUCCACCCAGAUGUGGCCAUACAGCUACCAUGGUUGAGAAGCGGUUGCUUGUAUAUGGUGGCAGAGGAGGUGGAGGUCCAAUAAUGGGUGAUUUAUGGGCUUUGAAGGGUCUAAUCGAAGAAGAGAAUGAAACACCUGGGUGGACCCAAUUGAAGCUUCCAGGACAAGCUCCUUCUGCUCGUUGUGGCCAUACUAUUACAUCUGGAGGGCACUAUCUGUUGCUCUUUGGUGGCCAUGGAACUGGUGGCUGGUUGAGUCGUUAUGACAUUUAUCACAAUGACUGCAUUAUUCUAGACAGGGUGUCUGCCCAAUGGAAGCGCUUGCCUACUGGCAAUGAACCUCCUCCUGCUCGAGCAUACCAUUCACUAACAUGUAUGGGUUCACGCUAUCUGUUAUUUGGUGGCUUUGAUGGAAAAUCAACAUUUGGUGAUCUGUGGUGGUUGGUUCCUGAAGAGGACUCCCUUGCAAAGAGAUUACUUGCAGCUUCACCAAAUGUCCAAAAUAUCCAAAAUAAGGAUGUGGAGUUGGGAAAUGAAAAUGUCCAAAAUAUCAAGGAAAACCAAAUGGAAGAAUCUGCUGUCUCGGAGUUACAAAAAAGAUUAGGGAUAUCUGUUUCUCUCCUUGGGAACGGAGUUCCAGUUGUGGACGAGGUGGAAGACAAAGAAUUCAUUCAACUGGCUUCGAAUUUGGUUGGUGAAAGAGUAUCUGGUAAUGAACACGUUUCAGAUGUUCAGGUUCAGGCCCUUCGUGACCACUGGAGGAAAUCUACACCAAGGCUUAUCCCACUUAAGGAGUUUGGCCCCUUGCUUCGGGACUACCAACGCCUGAUUACUCGUCGUCUUCAGUCUUGAUCCUCACAUAGUAUGUGGUGAAACAUGAGUUGGGUGCAUAACCUAGAUGCAGUAUAAUGAUUAUAAAAUUUACAUCACAGCUCAAGAAGGUCAGUGGCUUUUGCGUGCUUCUCUUAUUUUUGCUUAGUGUAACUAAUAGAUUACUCCUAAACUGAAAAGCAAACUUGAUGAUAUACUUCUACUAAAUAUUUUGUGCGUACAUGUAAAUAUAGUGAGUACAGUGAGCUACAGAAUAAUCAAAAUAAUGCUUCUUGGAGUCCUCUUAUGGUAGGAGCAAGAUGAUUCUCUGAAGCAUGGUGUGAAAGGAGGCUUAGGGUUUAGGAGGAAGAUGAUACUCUAGUAACCGAGGACAUUGAGUGAGUUGUUUGGGAGCUGGCUACUGUAAAAUGGACACCAACACUUGUGCACCAGAUUGUUUUUGUGAAGACAAAUCUAUUAGAGAUAUUCCAUAACUGAAACGUGAUCAAUUUAUCUUUUUUUUUCUUUAUAUCAUUAAAAUUGAAACUUA